GAGGAGGAGGAGUGCCGCCAGGCCUGCCCCGUGCCCGCCGAGCUGGAGACGUCGGAGGAGCCCCCGGCCGUCGGCAGGAGAGUGGUGCAGCCCCCCGGGGCCGGCGGGAAGCCCGAGGAGCUGCUCAACAGCACGUCCAGCUACGAAGAGUACUGCAUGGCGCCCCAGGUGACCGGGCCCUGCCGCGCCGCCUUCCCGCGCUGGUACCACGACCCCGUCACGCCCGCCUGGAAGCCCGAGGAUCGGCCCAAUGCCACGUCCAGCUACGAAGGCCGCUGGCCCCCAGGUGCGUCGGGUGACCUGGACGAGGGCAGCAUCCACUCCACCAGAGCCGUCGCCCUGGCCGUGCUGCUGGCUCUGAUGGCGGCCGUGCUGCUGGGCUCCGUGGUCGUCUUCUUCGCCAAGCUCUGCCGGAAGGGCCCCGAGUGCGCCGCCGGCCACGGCUGGAGCCCGCUGGACGACAAGGAACACCUGAUGACCAGCUCCUACGUGCUCUGAGCUGCCCGCGGGGCGCUCUCCGCUCCGCCGCCUCCCCCCAACCCUCCUUCCCCGCGCCGCGACGGGGCCUCGGCUGCACCUGCUGUUUUACUUGUUCAUUUUAUCAGAAUAAUUAAUGCAAACGAGUAGUGAAAGAUGCGGGCACCCCCUAUCCCUCCUUCCCCCGGGCUUCCCCCCUGUCAGGGGGCUGGGAGCAACAGCUGCCUGAUUGCACCCCUGGAAAUGGCCUUGGGCGCCUGGGCUGGUGGGGCAGGUGCCCCGGAGCGGGAGGCAGGGGAUCGGCGUCACCUGGGAGCAGCUGGGCUGCGUGUGGGGCAGGCCCCAGCCCUGAAGAGAGGUGGGGGUGCAGGGGGCGGUGGACCCACCGUGGGCAUGAGGGUUUCCCCCACGCCUGCCCCUUCCCCGUCUGCUCCCCCCUCGCUCCUGCCCCUUCCGCGCCUCCGCUCCUCCCUGCCAGGCGGUGCCGCCGCCCCGCGCCUGUCCAGUCUCUGCGACCGCCUGGGGUGGCUGUUAAUUAACCGGGGGCUUCUUUGUCUUGAUUCUUUUGUUUUGUUUUGUUUUUUUUACACUGAGAGAGUUUUUUUUCUGAAUAAAGGUAGAAACCUGC